GAAUGUAUGCUUUUUUGUGAUAUGUAAAAUAAUCAAUGGUUUAAAAUCAACAUAGAAACUGCAUAUUAUCACAGGAGUAAGGACACAGCAUGAAGAACACAUCCAGUGGCCUGCUGUUGUACUUAAAAAAAUUACAGAAAUCCUGGUAGUUUAGACUUUGAAAUAAUGUCAUCCAUUAAGCUGAUAAGUCUGCUCCUACUGGUUGCUGUUCAAACUGUCGAUUCUUCAAGUUCUGUGAAGAACACCAAAGGAAAAUUUAGUUCCUACUAUAUCACCAAGUUAAAAGAAUUCUUUAAUAUCUUCGACGUUGAUGAAGAUGGUGUUGUUACUGAAGAGGAAUAUGUUGGUUUAACAACGGAACGAGCUCAAAAAGUUCUGCCGUCUUGGAGAGCUAUGGCGGUGAAUGGUAUAUUUUCCAAUGCCUUUCGGGUCUGGUGGUCAAACAAAUACUCCAACUAUGAAACAGUCUUCACUUUGCAAGAUAUGAUUCGUGUUCACGAGAUAGACAUGCCUAUUGAGACGAAGGAGGCCGCCGAAAUCUCAUCUGAUUUGUUUGGCACAUUUGACAUUGACUGUGAUGGCAAGUUGACAGUAGAUGAGUAUUCCAAAUUCCUUUUUGUUUAUCGCAACGCGGCUGAGAUUCAACCAAUUUUUGAUGCAAUUGAUCAGAACGCAAAUGGCGUCCUUGAUGCAGAUGAAUUUAAAAGUGCACACGAUCUCUCUUGGUAUCGACAGGAGUUUAGCACCACUGAUAUAGUUUUCGGUAAGCGGUACUGA